AUGACCCCGGAAGUAAAUGGGGGUUAGGAAGGUUUUUGUGAUGGGAAGAAAAUUGGCGUGACAACUCCCUCCUUGCUGCCUUUUGACAGCUUGCUCAGCUCCAGUGUGGCCGCUGUGUUUCCAGGCGGCGUGUCCCCCCAUCGUUCCACAUGUGCAGCCCUCAGUGGAGAAAGUUUGGACAGCCCCGGUCUACGGCCUGGUCCAUGGACAUGAAGAUGUGUGGGAUUAAGAGGAAGGAAGACACGUCUGUUUGACCUGACAAAAGGACAAUUUGCGUACAAUUUGUGUACAAGCAUUGUCACAUUUUGUCACAUUGGGACGAUGUGUCGAAUAUUCCUCAUCAUCAGUCUGGUGGGCUGGACGAGAUGUCAGGAGAACCAGCACAUGACGGCGGAGGAGAAGAGCAUCAUCAGGGAUCGUGUCGUUGAGAUGUUCGAUCAUGCUUACGGGAGUUACAUGAAAUACGCCUACCCGGCUGACGAGCUGAUGCCGCUGAGCUGCAAGGGCAGAGUCCGCGGCCAGGAGCCAAACCGAGGCGACAUCGACGACUCCUUGGGGAAGUUUUCCCUCACGCUGAUUGACACACUGGACACCUUGGUGGUGCUGAACAAGCUGGACGAGUUUGAAGACGGCGUGAAGAAAGCCGUGACGGACGUACGCCUGGACAACGACGUGGUGGUGUCCGUGUUCGAGACCAACAUCAGAGUGUUGGGGGGCCUCUUGGGGGCCCACGUGAUGGCCGACCUGCUGCGUCAGCGCGGCGUGAGGAUGCAGUGGUACAAAGACCAGCUCCUGGACAUGGCCACAGAGCUGGGCCACAGACUCCUGCCUGCUUUCAACACCUCAAGUGGUCUUCCUUACCCCAAGGUUAAUCUGCGUUAUGGUGUGCAAAACCCACUCUCACGCACGGGCACCGAGUCGGACACAUGCACCGCCUGCGCGGGCACAAUGAUACUGGAAUUUGCUGCCCUGAGCAGACUGUCAGGAGAAACUGUCUUUGAGGAGCACGCUCGCAAAGCUCUAGAUGUCCUGUGGGAGCGCAGACAGAGAGGAAGCGACCUGGUGGGGACCGUCAUCAACAUCCAUAAUGGAGAAUGGGUCAGACGGGACAGCGGCGUCGGUGCCGGCAUCGACUCGUACUAUGAAUAUCUGAUGAAGGCCUACAUCCUUCUCGGGGACAGGGUUUAUCUGGACAGGUUCAACACCCACUACAACGCCAUCAUGAAGUACAUCAGUCAGCCCCCCCUGCUGCUCAACGUGCACAUGCACAACCCCACGGUGAGCGCACGUGGCUGGAUGGACGCUCUGCUGGCCUUCUUCCCCGGCCUACAGGUCUUGAGAGGAGACCUGAAACCAGCCAUAGAGACCCACGAGAUGCUCUAUCAAGUCACCAAGCAGCACAAGUUUCUCCCAGAGGCUUUCACCACCGAGUUCCGCGUUCACUGGGGCCAACACCUCCUGAGGCCAGAGUUUGCAGAAAGCACCUACUACCUCUACAAGGCCACUGGCGACCCCUACUACCUCAGGGUGGGACAGUCCAUCGCCGAGAAACUCAACGCUUACGCCAGAGUGCCUUGUGGCUUUGCCGCCGUGCAAGACGUUCGCACUGGGACGCACGAAGACAGGAUGGACUCCUUCUUUCUGGCAGAGAUGUUCAAAUACUUGUACCUGCUGUUCACGGAGAAGACGCAGCUGCCCAUCGACAUUGACGACUACAUCUUCACCACGGAAGCCCACCUGCUGCCCGUGUCGCUCUCCACCACGCAGCCAUCUUGUCACGGCAACACAACGGAGAGUCCCGGCGGCGCCCAGGAAGACGAGCCCUUCACGCACACGUGUCCCAGCACCGAGUCCUUGUUCCCCAACAACCCGACCUUCGCCAAGAGCAUCCGCGACAGCUACAAGUACCUGACGGGCGUGGGACGAGCUGUGCACCCCUCACCUGCCAGGGAGGCGGACUUCCCGCUCCACGAUGGCGGCAUGGAGCCUUUGGAGUUCUUGAAGACCAUUGGCAUCUCUCUCACGCCGCUGGGUGACCUGAGCACAGGAGAGGGCCGAAAGGCGCUGAAGGGAGUGUACCGGGUCCAGCUGGUGGCCAAGGUCAGCACCACGGCGCCGCAGGAGGAGGAGGGGGAGGUGCUGCCUCACGCCGUGCAGCUGAUAUCGGCUCCUUUCCUGGGCAGGACCGUGCUCACCGCUGCACCCGCCAACUUUGGGCUGGACCUGACCACAAGGGAGCACGGUGUGAAGGGCAGCCUGGCCAAGGCGCGUCCCUACACGGCCUGCGCUCCGAUCCAGAACCCAGCUGAGCUCCGAGGCCACAUCGCCCUGGCGCUGCGCGGCGACUGCACCUUCGCCGCCAAAGCUCGCCGGCUCCAGGAGGCCGGCGCCACGGGAGUCGUCUUCAUCGACCAGCGAGCAGGGAGCAGCAGCCAGGAAACGCCGCUCUUCCAGAUGGUGGGCGACUCGGACUCGGACUCGGACGCGGGCGUCACCCUGCCUCUGGUGUUCCUGUUCGGCCGCCAGGGCGCCGUGCUCACCGCCGCCUUGGAGGAGCAUGAGAAGGUGGACGUGCUGCUGGCGCCCAGAGACAAGCAGCUGGCAGCAGGCAAGGGGGACCGAGGCGCGGGCUUCGACGUCAAACUGCCACCGGCUCAGGAAGAAGUUCUCCCGGACUGAGCAGAGGAACUCACAGGAGAACCGGGUCGCUGUGGAGAGGACCCAGAACUUUGACCGGGACCAGACUCGGGAAGCUCACCUGCGUUGUUACGCAAUCCACCUUGCACCUUUUUCCAAGACACUAUUAAUAAUCCGAACAAGGUUGGCGACAACAAAGAUUUGACUUUGAGCUGAGAAGCAACUUCAGGGAAUUUUUAGUGCGUGACUUUGACUCAUUUGUCCCCGCGGGAUCACGGAACAUUCCACAAAUCUGGACCUUUAAAAAUACAUUAAAAAAUAUAUAUAUAUAUGUAUAUAUAUAUUAUUUUUGCACAUCUUCCCCACUACAGUCGCUUCUAAACAUGUGCAAUUAUUAUUAUUUUAUUCAUAUUAAUGGUAUUAUUUGCAAUAUUGUGUUGAGGAUGAAGGCCCCAAAAAAAUGCAAUUGUGAGAAUAAACUUGAAGUCUUUAGAGGAAAAUGUCGAAAAAUAGUUCUAGGUAAACAUUUUGAAAAAUUAAGGGGGAAAAUAGCCAAUUCCUCCAAUUUAAAAAAAAAAAAAAAAAGCAUUCACAUUUGUUGAUUGAUGUUAUUUUUAUCUAACACUUCUCAGUGCGGUCCUCAUUCUAACAGCAGGGGCAUCCUAACUUCUUCCACUGGGGGCCAUUUUGAAAUAUUUUCUUUUCAGGUUUGACUUAGCAUAUUAUUAGUUAUUAAAUUUCAGCUUUUUGUCAUUUUUUUUGGUACAUUUUAACUCUUUUUUUGGUAUUUUAUUUUGACAAUAUCCUGCAGGCCAACAAAAUUGUAGUUUGGACAGCAACUCUUUCCACCGGGGGCCAUUUUAAAAUAUUUUCUUUUCAGAUGUGACUAAGCGUAUUAUUAGUUAUUACAUUUCAGGUUUUUGUCAUUACCCUGCCUUUUUUUUAAUUUUUUUUUUUUACAUAAUUAUUUUUUUGGGGUAUGACUUUUUUUUGGCCAAUAUCCUACGAGCCAGCAAAAUUGUAGUUUGGACAGCAGGGGCGACCAAACUUUUUCCACUUGCGGCAUUUUUGAAAUAUUUUUUUUUCAGAUUAGAUUUAGCAUAUUAUUAGUUAUUGAAUUUCAGCUUUUUGUCAUUUUUUUGUUACAUUUUAACUUUUUUGGGUAUUUUAUUUUGACAAUAUCCUGCAGGCCAACAAAAUUGUAGUUUGGACAGCAACUCUUUCCACCGGGGGCCAUUUUGAAAUAUUUUCUUUUCAGGGUUGACAUUUAACAUUUAAAUGUUGAUUUCACCUAAAUUAACUUUAACUUUAAAUCUGGACUUAAAACAUUUUUUUUUGUAAAAAAAGCCUUUUUAUUUUUGUGGAGAUGACUUUAUUUUGACAAUAUCCUGCGAGCCAACAAAAUUGUAGUUUGGACAUCAAAACUUUUUCCAGUUGCGGCUUUUUUUGAAAUAUUUUCUUUUCAGAUUAGAUUUAGCAUAUUAUUAGUUAUUAAAUUUCAGCUUUUUGUCAUUUUUUUUUUGGUACAUUUUAACUUUUUUGGGUAUUUUAUUUUGACAAUAUCCUGCAGGCCAACAAAAUUGUAGUUUGGACAGCAGGGGCGUCCAAACUUUUUCCACUUGCGGCAUUUUUGAAAUAUUUUCUUUUCAGAUUAGAUUUAGCAUAUUAUUAGUUAUUGAAUUUCAGCUUUUUGUCAUUUUUUGGUUACAUUUUAACUUUUUUGUGUAUUUUAUUUUGACAAUAUCCUGCAGGCCAACAAAAUUGUAGUUUGGACAGCAACUCUUUCCACCGGGGGCCAUUUUGAAAUAUUUUCUUUUCAAGGUUGACCUUUAACAUUUAAAUGUUAAUUUCACCUAAAUUAACUUUAACUUUAAAUCUGGAUUUAAAAUUAUUUUUUUUUGUAAAAAAAGCCUUUUUAUUUUUUUGGGGAUGACUUUAUUUUGACAAUAUCCUGCGAGCCAAAAAAAUUGUAGUUCGGACAUCAAAACUUUUUCCACUUGCGGCUUUUUUGAAAUAUUUUCUUUUCAGAUUAGAUUUAGCAUAUUAUUAGUUAUUACAUUUCAGCUUUUUGUCAUUUUUUUUGGUACAUUUUAACUUUUUUGGGUAUUUUAUUUUGACAAUAUCCUGCAGGCCAACAAAAUUGUAGCUUGGACAGCAAGUUUUUCCACAGCGGGCCAUUUUGAAAUAUUUUAUUUUCAGGUUUGACUUAGCGUAUUAUUAGUUAUUACAUUUCAGCUUUUUGUCAUUACCCUGCCUUUUUUUUACACAAUUUUUUUUUUUUGGUAUGAUUUUAUUUUGACUAUCCUGCGAGCCAAAAAAAUUGUAGUUUGGACAUCAAAACUUUUUCCACUUGCUGCGUUUUUGAAAUAUUUUCUUUUCAGAUUAGAUUUAGCAUAUUAUUAGUUAUUAAAUUUCAUCUUUUUGUCAUUUUUUUUGGUACAUUUUAACUUUUUUUUGGUAUUUUAUUUUGACAAUAUCCUACGGACCAACAAAAUUGUAGUUUGGACAGCAACUAUUUCCACUGGGGGCUAUUUUAAAAUAUUUUCUUUUCAGAUGUGACUAAGCGUAUUAUUAGUUAUUACAUUUCAGCUUUUUGUCAUUACCCUGCCUUUUUUUUUUGGUGUGAUUUUAUUUUGACAAUAUCCUGCGGGCCAAUAAACUUGUAGCUGCGUGCUGCAAAUGUCCCCGGGGCCGCACUUUGGACCCGCCCUGCUAACCCCAAUACUUGUCAUACUUCAUACAUUUUUGUUGUUGCAAUUAGUUGCUCUCUAAUCAAAGCCUCUUAAAAGUUUGCAUGAAGAAGAUUGUUUUUGACUUUGUUGCUGCAACUUUGUCAUUUUUAUGCAGAAAAACACAAACAUGAGCCUGAUGUUUGCAUUUGAAAUGUUUGCACAGUGAAAUGCUGCUCCAUAAACAUCCUUGUUUAUUAAGUAACCUUUAUUACCUCACGACGGUGCUCAAGUCUUAGGAUGGGACUUUUUACUAUUGUAUGUUUUAUAUUGUGCUCAGCACUUCCUAAAGCUGGAGGUUAGUGUGCCAAUACAAUAAUACUUUGUGCGAUGAGGUCAAUAAAUA